AUGUCAAGCCGGCACAGGAAUCGCUGUGACCCCAACGGAGAGGAGUUCGACUUGACAGGUAGAUGGAGUCAAGCAUGUUGUCUGGCUGAGAUUGGGACAAACUUCGGAAUUCUGGGUCUAAGAAAAGACAUUCAUUCUUUCUCAGUUGGAGUGGAAGAGGUUUGCUGUGUUUGUGAUGCCCCGCCUCUUAAAGAACCUCUCAUCAAUUGUCUUAAAUGUCGUCACGGUUAUCAUCCUGAGUGCCACACUCCGUCCAUUGAGCCGGAAGCUGACAGCAAUUCUUGGAUAUGUCGGCAAUGUGUCUUUGCAGUGGCGACCAAGAGAGGGGGAGCCAUCAAACGAGGACGGUUUGCCCGGCUCAUGCAAAUCAUGAAACUUCGGCUGCCCUAUCAGCUGUCAUCUUUAGACUGGGACCCACAGCAUCUGACCAACCAGCAGCAGUGUUACUGCUACUGUGCCGGACCUGGAGAGUGGAACUUGAAAAUGUUGCAGUGUGGAAGUUGUGGUCAGUGGUUUCAUGAAGCUUGCACACAGUGUCUGACCAAGCCGUUGUUAUAUGGAGACAGGUUUUAUGAGUUCCAGUGCUCAGUCUGUGCAAGCGGACCAGAGACAAUUCAACGGCUACCCAUGAGCUGGGUAGAUUUGGCCCAUUUGGUGCUCUACCACCUCUCCUUGUGCUGCAAGAGAAAAUACUUUGAUUUCGACCAUGAAAUCAUGUCGUUUGCCAAUGAGAAUUGGGACUCUUUGCUUCUAGGCUCGCUCUCUGACACACCAAGGCAAGAUCGCUGCCACAAUCUGCUCAACGCUUUGAACUCCAACAAAGACAGGUUUGUCUCUGGUAAAGAGAUCAAGAAGAAGAAGUGUCUUUUUGGGCUCCAGGUCCGAGCUCCGCCUCCCCUGACCUCUGAUUCGUCUCCCCUCAUCACUGACCCGCCCAUCAACAUCACCCAAAGGAGAAGGUCAGACCCAUUGUCACUGCCCUGCCAGAGGAGAGCGGCGGGGCCAGAGUCACGCAAAUCAAAGCGGCGCAUCAUGGAGACACAGCCUUGUCCGCCCCCGGUCCCAGCCACCCCAAUAGAUCUUGUGCCAUGUUGCCAUGGCUACGUAGGUGGAACUAACCUCUACAACUCCAGGAAGUCGGAGGAGGAGCUGAAUUUGGGCUCUCCACCUAAGCGGAUGUUUGCCCUGUAUCACCCCACCUAUAACGGAGCCCCAGCCAUCUCCAGAACCCUGCAUCACUAUAGUGCGGAAGAUCCUUGUAGAGUGCCGCCCCCCUGCCUCCCCUUUUCCCUGUCAUCCUCCCACCAUCACAACCACCACCACCACAACAACCACCACCACCAGCAGCACCAGCCUGGCCAGAAGUUGGAUCCCUGCCCCUCCCUCCUGCUGCGUGACGUCCCUUCCUAUCCGGGCGGCGUGGGGGGAGGGGGUGGGGGGGAUGGGUCAGCUGCCAGGGGCUGGGGGGGCGGGGACGGGGUGAGGAUUUUGGCGAGGCGAGUAACGCCAGACGGGAAGGUCCAGUACCUCGUGGAGUGGGGGAACGUGAGUGUGUACUGAGAGAAAGUGAGAGAUAGAUGGGGGUGUGGAGGGAGGCAGAGAGGAUCAACACACCAGAGUGCUUGGCAGGAAAGAGGGGAUAUUGGAGAGAGAGAGGAAGAAUGACUGUCGUGCAGGUGCCACAUCAGAAAUGUGUGGAAACAUCAAGUACAAGCAAAGCAAAAACCCCACACAAGGCAAAUCCAGGUUGCUCAAACGAUAUCGCCUCCAUUCUAUAUCAUCACACUACGUGUUACUAUAUCUUCCUCUUUGCUAGUGUUUCUCCUAUAUUUGUACUGUAUACCUUUGGAAUAUGCCUUUGCAUUUAUCAUGUUUACGUUUGAAGAUUGUAUAUACAGUAUUUGAUUAUAGGCAAUUUGUUACGUUACCUUUUGUCAUACUUGAUUUACAUGAUAGUAUGUAAUAGAAAUAUAUUAGGAGCCACAACAGGGCUUUUGUUUUAUAGUUAGAUUUAUAUAUUCACAAUAUAUUAUUAUAGAAUGAUUUGAUGAUGUGGUUGCAUAGUGCCUAUCUGGAUUGUGCAUCUGCAGAUUGAGAAGUUUACCUGAAUCAAGGGAUCAGGUGAUUGAAAUGUAUGAUAACUAUUCUAUAAGGUUUUCUUCCUCAUCCACCAAUUGCAAUUUGAAGUGUCACGACAAUGUUGUUUAGGCUUUCACACACAGAAUUAGUGUAAAAUACAUUCCAAACAAAUAUUAAAACAUCUCUUCAAGAUUACUGAUCAAAAUCUUUGAUCAGAUAGCCAUGGAAAAUGGRCGCUCGUUGAGCCAGAUUUGACUGUCAAUUUGUUGAGGGGUGCUUUACAUUCUUUUAGGGAAGAGAAGUCAACAAAUGGUAUUAUGUGCAGGUGAAACUAUUUGUACUGUUUUCCAUUUUCAGGCCAUAGACAGAGGAGUCGGCUCCUAUCUUCCAGGUUACACUGAAGAUGAGAGAUAGCGUUAACUCUGGCCCACUUCCAAGCUGAUACCUAAGCACUAGUCUGGACAAUGUAGAUCUGACAAGAUUGGAUAGAUAUGAGCAAUAUGGCUUAAGUUUCAUCCGGUCUAUCAGAGGGAAAGGUGGAGCUUUCAUCAUAUUUUUCAUAUAUCCGAUCCUUUCAGAUGUACCCAAGAGUCUAAGGGGUUAGGGCUAUGGGUUUGUGUUUGAUUUGGAACUGGGRCCCAGAGAUCAUAGUGGAACAGGAGGUUGUGUAUAGAACUCUAGAAUAUCAUAGUGCAAGGUUCAGAGUUUAUAUUUAUACAGAUAUUUAUUUCUGCCUUUUGUGGGAUAAAACACAGAUAAGAGUAAAUGUGUGCGUUGUAUCCCCCAGAAGACAGAUUGUGUUACAGGUGUAGUUACAGUAAAUACGUAAAUAACACAAUAGGCAGUUAUACUGUUAUAAUCAUGUCAACAGAAAACAUUUUCAGUCAUUUAAAAAAAAAACACAGCAAGAUGUUGCCCGUUCCCCAGAUUGAAUGAUGUGAAAUAUGCCAUCUCUUACUUAAACAAUAAGGCCUGAGCGGGUGUGGUAUUUGGCAAAUAUACCACGGCCAAGGGCUGUUCUUAAGCAKAACCAAACGCGGAGUGCCUGGAUACAGCCCAUAGCCAUUGUAUAUUGGCCAUAUACCACAAACCCCAGAGGGGUAUAUAAUAUUUAUAAUAUUGCUAUUAUUAUAAACUGGUUAACAACYUAAUUAGAUCAGCAAACAAGUAAUUUUMUGUCAUACCCAUGGUAUAGAGUCUGAUAUACCACAUCUUUCAACCAAUCAGCAUUCAGCAUUCAGGGCUCGAAUGACCCGGUUUAUAAUAGUGAAUAGAUGAUUGCUUAGCCUGGUCUCAUAGACUAGACGUAACAUAGUAAAUGUAAAUACGGAACACUCAAAUUAGUAUAAUAUGUUACGUUUGGUAUGGUUAGAUAAGGUUAAGACAGAAGGUUACUUAAGGCAAAAGGAAAGUAAUGUGGAUGGGUAGGAAUAUAACGCGAGUGACUAGCAACUCAAAGGUUGCGUGUUCGAAUCUCAUCACGGACUUUAGCAUUUUAGUGCAUUAGCAUCUUUGCAACUACUUGCUACUUUGCAGCUACUUAGCAUGUUAGCUAACCCGUCCCCUAACCUUAACCCUUUAACUUAACUCCUCACCCUAACCUUAACCCCU